UUUGAUGCGAAGUAAACAAUUUCUAGCAACACAAAAAUUAGGAUUUACUUCAAAUCCUUGCUAUGGAUGAUGACGAUAAUUGGUGCCAACUUGUCAGUUUGACUGACUUUGAGAGUGAACCAUAUGUUUCCAAGGAAAAAAUGUUUCGUAUUGGACGAUCGUUAGACAAUGAUAUCAGCUUGCCAGAAAAUAAAUUGGUGUCUGGACACCAUUGCUACAUUGAGCGAGAUGAAUCCAUAGGGAAAGUCAUAUUACAUGAUACAAGCACUAAUGGAACAUUGCUGAACAUGGUUCACAAGUUGACAAAAGGAAAGUCCAAAGAACUUGCACAUGGAGAUGAAAUCUACUUGGUUUACAAAAAGGACAACAUGGACCUAAAUGUGGGCUAUAUGUACCAGGACAUGGCUGAAUUGAGAAGGGCGGAAAUAUCGGAAGAAAGCACUCAGGAAUACAACGCCCCGGACCUCUUGGAUGCUACACUAGAAGACUCCGACUGCAACCAUUUAAGUACAGAGAAAAUAAAUAAAAAGCGCAGCCUUGACUAUGAGAAUGAUAUCGAAGAGAGCUCUAAACGUUGGAAACCUGAAAAGCAUGGGAAAGAUGAAAAAAAACCUAGUGACUUGCUCUCAAAGCCUUCAGCCUUUGGUGAUCAUGACACAAAAUUGGUUGAAAAAGAUGCAAGCAAAACAGUUACAUCUCUAGCAACACCAAGAACCAUAGCAACAACAUCAGGAACAACAACAGCAGCAAUAGAACAACUGGCAGCAACUACAACAGUAUCAUCAGCAGCAGAAGGUAGUCAGGCUGCAACGCCCAGGGGUGGGCCGAGCAAGGCGGGGACCGUGGAGGCUCCGGUAAAGGACGACAUUGAGGAAAACCUUCUUUGCAUUAUCUGCCAGGAGAUCAUGCAAGACUGCAUCAGCCUGCAGCCGUGCCUGCACUCUUACUGUGCAGGCUGCUACUCCGACUGGAUGGCCCGCUCACAGGAAUGCCCUUCAUGUAGGAAGAAGGUUGAGAGAAUCAACAAGAACCACAUUGUCAACAACCUGAUAGAGGCUUACCUUAAGGAACACCCAGCAAAAAGAAGACCUGAUGAAGAUAUUGCUGAGUUAAAUAAGAAGAACAAAAUUACUACAGAUAUGCUAUACCCAAAGACAAUUGUGCCCAAUGACAGCAGCGAAUACAGUGACUCAGAUGAGGAUGAUGGUGAGCAAAGAUCUGUGAGCCCAGCCUUUAUCGGCCACCUCCCCCCUCCGGUAUUCCCACCACAACAGCCCGUACUGUUUGGCUUUGGCACUCCCCUGUUUGGGGUGAACAGGGCCUUUAAGACUGUUUGCCGACAAUGUCCAGAGUACAAAGACCCGGAUGAGAAGACAGGAAUUCUUGGGGGAAUCAAAAAUGCUGUGAUGGGAGUUGUUAAACUUGUUGCAGGGGAUAGGUUGCCAGAGGGAGGGACGUCAGGAGAGGAACGGAUCGCUGAUCAGCCAGGAACAUCCACAGGAGAUGGAGAAUCCAGGAGUAAGGAUGACAUCAAGGAUCUGCCAACUCCCCCAAACCAUAAGUGUGGACCCAACCAGAACCAUGUAUUGUGCCAAUGCUGUCUACAUCCCAUGCCUGACUUCAGGGUCAACUGGCCACUACCAGGGGAAAAACGACCUCAGCAAUGUGGAAUAUGUUACCGUGCCUACUGCCACGCCUACUGGGGAUGUCGGAGACAGGAUUGCCUCGGCUGUAUCAACACAUUCAGAGAGAUGAACUUUGGAAAGAAAUGUUUACAUGGACUGAUUUUGGAAAAUCAGGUUGAAUCUGAUAUAUUCAAGGAGUACCUAGAGGUUAAGGGUUUGUCUGUACGGGACGUCGUCCAGGAGUGCUGCCAGAAACUGGAUGCUGGUGUCUUCACUGUUCCAGCCCAGGGCACCCACCGCUUCACGGCAGACAUGCCUGUCUGUUAUGCAUGUGGCCUCAACAACUUUAGACAACUGGCGUUCCAGUACAGGAAAGCCAUUUCCAAGGAAGACCUGCCUGAGGCUUACAGAAACCGACAAGAUUGUUACUGGGGCUCCAAAUGUCGAACACAGAAGAACAAGCCUCACCAUGCAAAGAAUUUUAACCAUGUUUGCGACCAAAUUCGUCAAUUCUGAGUGAGAUAGCAGCUGAUCAGCAUGUUUCAUUGUCCGGGGCAAAAACAAAUUUAACAUGUUUGUUAGAAGUAUUUUUGUCCAUAUGUUUCCUGUUGCAAAAAUUGUGAUACAUUUUUCAUGAGCAUGUUUUGAUUAGUUUUUCUUCAAUUUACAAUGAAUGUUUUAUGUUUUAGAAAAGCAUACAUGUACUUUUAUUUUAUCAAUAAAAAUUCAUUUUGGUGCCUUAUUCAAUUUACUUCAUGGGUACCUUCUAUUAUCAAACAUUUUAUUGGAUCACUUUUUCAAAUUUGUAAUUUUCAGUAGUAAUAUCAUUUAUUUCCAAACAAAUUGUGUUAAAGACACAACUACAAACUACUACCUGUACAGUACAGUGAUCACUACCACCAUACAAAUCAUGAGACCACAAGUCACUAUAUAUCAUAUCGGUAAAGACGGUAAAUUAUCUUGAAUUUCUAAUAUUUUUUUGUAUUUUAACCUCAAUGCACCUUGAAUAAUUGAAAAUAGAUAGAAACUACCCAAAAUAGAGAGAAGGAAACACAUUUCAUAUUUUUUUUACAAGGUUUUACUGAAAUCCAGCUUUGUGGCAGAGAUCUAUUCUGUUCGUCAAGUCAGAUCUCUGUGUAGGAGAUUGACUCAACUACUGUGAAUUUGAAAAUAAUUAAUACCCGGUACUUCAAUUUAUUUUUAAUAACCUUACCCAAAUAUACAACUAAAAUGUAAGGUCCUAAGAUAAAUAGUCACAAGCUCAUUGAGAAGACAGCCCCCUUAUCCUAAUCUUAAGCUGUGUAUUGAAUAUAGCUUUAGGCCCUGAGAAGAUUGAAUGUAGAAGUAGUGAACUAUCAUUUAAAUUAGUGAACUACAUAUGUGCUGGCAUCAUUAUAUAUUCAUUAUGUCUUGGAGAUUGCUGUUCCUGUAGUGUAGAACAACUGGGUUCAUGUUUCUGUCAUUGAUAACACAGAAUAUGGAUGUUUUGUUUUGGAUGAAACUUUUCAAAACCUGUCUGCAAAAUGCAGCUUGAUGCCUCAUGAAUUGUUCUUGUGUAAAUGAAAUGUUUUUGAGAUAUUUUAAAAUAAAAAUAAAAAUGUUUUCUAA